GAAGUGUCUGUCGUUCAGGUCGGAGGCCUGCCUGGGUUUUGCUGGUACUGCCGAAUGUCAGGCAUCAAACGCCGAUCUCAGCUGGCUCCUGGUCUCCAAGCCCAGAGCCUCGUUAUCCUGCACGAAGCCAGCCAGCCGCGGCCCCGCCCCCGGGCGCUGGAGGUGGUUUCCUAGGGAACGACGCUGCGCGCCGGCCGCGAUUGGACCAGGCCGCGCGUGCGCAGUGGUCUGUGUUGGUGGCGACCCGCCGUGGGUGCCGGGUUUGCUAGCUGCACAGGAUGGCCCAUUUCUCCAGCGACGAUGAGGUGAUGCUGCAGGCGAUGCUCAGGCAGCUGUUCCAGAGCGUGAAGGAGAAAAUCACCGGCGCUCCGUCCUUGGAGUGCGCAGAGGAGAUCCUCUUGCGGCUGGAGGAAACUGACGAAAAUUUCCACAACUAUGAAUUUGUGAAAUACCUUAGACAGCACAUAUGUAACACGCUGGGGUCUAUGAUUGAAGAAGAAAUGGAAAAAUGCACAUCUGAUCAGAACCAGGGAGAGGAAUCUGGUUAUGACACUGUUGUACAGCAUGUUACCAAGAGAACCCAGGAAUCCAAGGAGUACAAGGAAAUGAUGCACUCCCUGAAGAGCAUCAUGAUGGUGGUGGUAGAGUCGAUGAUGAACAAGUCUGAAGAGGAUGAGACGAGGAGUCAGGACCAGCAGCGGAAACUGCAGAAGGAGAAGCCAGGCAGCUGCUGCACAGACAAUUGCUCCGACAGCGACUCCUCCUUCAAUCAGAGUUACAAAUUUUGUCAAGGAAAACUACAGCUGAUUUUAGAUCAGUUGGACCCUGGGCAACCUAAAGAGGUGAGAUAUGAAGCCUUACAAACGCUGUGCUCAGCUCCUCCAUCUGAUGUUCUCAACUGUGAAAACUGGACCACUCUCUGUGAAAAACUGACCACAUCCCUGUCUGAUCCAGAUCCUAUGUUCACUGACCGGAUUUUAAAGUUCUAUGCACAGACUUUUACACUGUCACCGUUACACAUGACCAAGGAAAUUUAUACAAGUCUAGCUAAAUAUCUGGAGUUAUACUUUCUUUCUAGAGAAAAUCACAUUCCUACUCUUUCAGCUGGAGUAGAUAUAACCAGUCCUAAUGUGAUCCGCUUACUGAAAAAGGUUCGCCUUCUGAAUGAAUAUCAGAAAGAGGUUCCAUCUUUUUGGAUUCGUCACCCAGAGAAGUAUAUGGAAGAAAUUGUGGAGAGUACUUUGUCCCUGUUAUCAGUCAAACAUGAUCAAAGCCAUCUUGUCUCACAGAAGAUUUUGGAUCCCAUCUAUUUUUUUGCAUUAGUUGAUACUAAAGCUGUGUGGUUCAAAAAAUGGAUGCAUGCGUAUUACAGCAGAACUACAGUGUUAAGACUGCUUGAAAAGAAAUAUAAAUCUCUGAUAACUACAGCAGUUCAUCAGUGUGUUCAGUACUUGGAAUUGUGUGAGGCCAUGAAAGCUGAUGGAAUUUUGGGACAUUCAAAGCAUUGUGGAAACAAGCAAAAAAAUUUCUACUACUCAGGACAAGAGCUGCAAUAUAUUUAUUUCAUUCACUCACUGUGCCUUUUGGGGAGAUUGUUGAUCUAUACACAAGGCAGAAAAUUAUUUCCCAUAAAGCUGAAGAGUAGAAAAGAGUCCGUGUCUGUCACAAAUCUGCUGGUUUUGUUUACUCAACUCAUCUAUUAUUCACCAAGCUGUCCAAAGAUGACAUCAGUUGCAUAUUCAGAGAAUUAUUCUCCUGCAAGUAUGGUGACUGACAUCUUGCGGAUCCUCUGUGACCAGAAAGAGUGUGCUGUUGAGUGCUUAUACAACAGCACAGUGACAGAGGCACUUCUCCAGCCCAUUCACAACUUGAUGAAAGGAACUGCGGCUGCUCCAGAUUAUUCCGAAACAGCUUUAAUUCACAUAGCUGAUAUUUUGGCAAGAAUUGCUUCUGUGGAAGAAGGACUUAUUUUACUUCUUUACGGAGAAAAUAUGAACUCUUCUGAAGAAGUAAGCCCUACAGGUGCUCAUAUAAUAGCCAAGUUUUCAAAGAAACUUCUUGAUGAAGAUAUUUCUGUUUUCUCUGGAUCGGAACUGUUGCCUAUAGUUAAAGGAGCUUUUAUUUCUGUGUGUCGCCAAAUAUAUGGCACAUGUGAAGGCUUGCAGGCGCUGCUUCCUUAUGGUCUACACGAAUCUAUAGCAAGGGCAUGGAGGAAGACAAGCUUGCUAUCAGAAAGGAUCCCCACUCCAGUAGAGGGCUCUGACUCAGUUUCCUUAUUGAGCCAGGAAUCUCCCAACAUUGUGGCUUGGGAAGACAAUUUGCUGGAUGACUUACUCAACUUUGCUGCCACUCCCAAAGGGUUACUACUUCUUCAGAGAACAGGUGCCAUCAACGAAUGUGUGACGUUUAUGUUCAACCAGUAUGCAAAGAAACUACAGAUAAACAGGCAAAAGAAGUUUGACUAUGAAGUUUUGGUUGUACAGGUGGCAUCCACAGCAGCCGGGGCAGUAGCUCUACAAAAUUCAGGCUUCAUUAGUGCACUUAUAACUGAGUUAUGGUCCAAUCUUGAGUGUGGAAGAGAUGAUGUAAGGGUAACCCAUCCCAGAGCUACUCCAGUGGAUCCUAUUGACCGAAGCUGUCAAAAGUCUUUCCUCGCGCUGGUGAACCUGCUGUCCUACCCUGCUGUGUAUGAGCUAACAGGCAAUCAAGAACUUCCCAACAAGGCAGAAUAUUCUCUUCGUGAGGUUCCAACAUGUAUUAUUGAUGUAAUCGAUAGGCUUAUCAUUUUGAACUCUGAAGCUAAGAUUCGUUCUUUACUGAAUUAUGAGCAAUCACACAUCUUUGGUCUAAGGUUAUUAAGUGUGGUAUGCUGUGAUCUCAAUGCUCUUCUCUUAUUGGAGGCUCAGUAUCAAGUAUCCAACAUGUUACUACAUGCUCAGGAAGAAAAUACCUUCGAGUCCUCUGAGAACCACAGGGACUUUAUAAUUGACGGCCUGUCGGUAGAGAGAAAUCAUGUUCUUGUAAGGAUUAAUCUCAUUGGUGGGCCCUUGGAGCGGAUUUUGCCUCCAAGGAUGCUUGAGAAGGGGGAUGACCCAUAUCCUUGGCCAAUGUUUUCAUCAUAUCCGUUGCCACAUUGCUACCUUUCAGAAGUUCUACGAAGUACUGAUAUAAAGCAAGACAGUGAUAUUGGAAAGCUUUUAUCAUGCUUCAAAAUGUCUGAUAAACAAACUGAGUGGAUAGAAAACUGCCGAAGACAGUUUUGUAAGACAAUGAAGUCCCGGCCCGAUGCAGUCAGUGGAGGUGCUUUAGGAGAACUACUUGAAAAAUUUGUACUUCAUCUCACCGAAAAUCCCUCUGAAUGCUGCUUCCCUUCAGUGGAAUACACAGCUAAUGAUGCAAAUGUGAAGAAUGAAAGUCUCUCAUCUGUACAGCAACUUGGCAUUAAAAUGACUGUUAGGUAUGGCAAGUUUCUCAACUUGUUAAAAGAUGGUGCAGAAAAUGAUCUCGCCUUGGUCUUAAAACACUGCGAAAGAUUCCUGAAACAACAGCAGUCACCAGUAACUUCUUCUCUUCUGUGCCUGCAAGGGAACUACACAGGCCACGACUGGUUUGUGUCUUCUCUGUUCCUCAUAAUGCUGGGGGAUAGAGAGAAGACGUUCCAGUUUCUCCAGCAUUUCUCCAGGCUCCUGACCUCUGCUUUCCUUUGGGUACCAAGGCUGCACAUUUCUAAGUACCUUCCUGUUGAUACCAUUGAGACCGGCAUCCAUCCUGUAUAUUUUUGCAGCGCACACUACGUUGAAAUGCUACUGAAGGCCGAGGUGCCACUUGUGUUUUCAGCUUUCCACAUGUCUGGUUUUGCUCCAUCACAGAUUUGCCUACAGUGGAUAACUCAGUGCUUUUGGAAUUACUUAGAUUGGACAGAAAUAUGCCAUUAUAUUGCUACUUGUGUUGUCCUUGGUCCUGACUAUCAAGUGUAUGUCUGCAUAGCUAUUCUCAAACAUCUGCAGCGAGACAUUCUCCAGCACACCCAGACUCAAGAUCUGCAAGUCUUUCUCAAAGAAGAAGCACUGCGUGGGUUUCGAGUGAGCAGCUACUUUGAAUACAUGGAGACCUUGGAGCAAAACUACCGACCAGUGCUGCUAAGAGACAUGCGCAGCAUCAGAGUGCAGAGCACAUAGACCACGAGAGGUGCUCCAACUUAAUGUUUUAUUCAUUUUUAAGGUAGACAGGGCGACUUGAUUGUGUUCUGUCUACAUCGAUAACAUGUGCUUUUUGUGUCCAUGCAUUGUAAAUCAGUACUGAGAGGUUUUGAGCAGAAUAUAUUCGUGUUGCUGUUGGCGCAGUUCGUGCAAUGAAGUGAGUUCAUGUUUGCAAGUUCCGUGUUCUUUACAUUUUCAGGAGCAGUCCUAGAUUUUAGUUUUUAUUUAUGUUUGACUUACGAAAGGAUCAAAGACCUCAAUGUAAAACCUAAGAAUCUGAAACUACUAGCAGAAAACAUUUGAUCUGCAAUAGGUAAGCAGAGACAAAUUGCACCACAUACUUGUAAAGUAAAAGAAAAGGAAGACAGGAUACAAAUCGGGGAAAAUAGUCCCAAUUAUUCACAUGAUAAGGGGCUAAUAUUUAGAAUACAUGUUGAACCAAAUAAACUACGAAAUAAUAAAAGAACAAAAAGACUUUGGUCAACAAAGGGGCAAGGAAGUGAGCAGACAUGAAAACUGAGAAUGGAUCAAUAAAAACUCACUGCCUUUAUCCAUCAGGAAAAUGUCCAUCCAGACAACUUUAUGUCAGGUUACCUAGGUUAACUUAGCCAUACAAUGUACCUAAUAUAAAUAAAUAAAUGUAUGUCAGAUUACCAUGGAGAUCCCGGCACAUCUAUGUUUAUCAUGCACUAUCCAAAAUAAGCAGGUUAUGGAAUCAGUCAAGGUAGUCAUAGUAUAUGUGCACAACAGUUUUACUCAUCCAUAAAGAGUGAAAUUAAGCAUUUGCAGGACUUUGGGAUUGGAGAGUAUGUUAGGUGAUAAAAGCCAGACCCUAAAGACAGGCAUCACAUGUUUUGUCUCCUCUGUGGAAGCUGGGGGGUAGGGCAUGAAAAUAAGAGGAUGUGCAGGGUGAAAGGCGUGGGGAUUAUAAGAAACUAGUGUCAGGAUGAGGAGCCGCCGACAUGGCUCAGUGACGAAAAACUCUAAGCCUGACACCUGAUUUCAACCCCUCAUACCCACAUUGUGAAAGAACAGAACUGACUCUCAGGAGCUAGGCUCUGACCUCCACGUGCACACUGUAGAUGCGCCAGGAACUGUAAAAUAUGCCAAAAAUAGGAAAAGAAAUGCAUGUGAGACAAAUAGAGUCAAAGUGUAUCACAUGUCUGUUGGGAGAGUCAGAGUGGCACAGAGUGAAAUGUCCCAACCUACAUCAUCUCUACUGUGGGGUAAUAUUCUUUCUACUAAUCUUAGGGGAAAAAAAGCAAUUUUGUUUACGAAGGAGGGAGGGAGGAAGGAAGGAAGGAAAGAAGGAAGGAUGGACAAAAGGUUCAUGUACUGUAAAGAGUCCAUAGAGAUGGGCAAAAGCCUAUUUUCUUCCUUUUUAUUACUACACAUAUGGAAAAACACAGACAACAGUGCAGUUGCUUAUUUCCCCUGUGGAGGCACAAAGGACAUUGUUCUACCAGGACAUUGUUCUCAGACACAAUUGUCUUUCUAGGAGGCGCUUGUUAUACUGAUAUUAAUUUCUAGCUUUUCCUUGGAAAUACAGCGUUCACAUGGCACAUUUAGAAGACAGAUCGUCUCCCUCAUGCUGAUAAGCAUUUUGCUAUUAUUUCUUGGUGAUAGAUUUGAUUUGUACUGAACUUGAAAACAUUAAGAAUAGAUUUCUAAGUUGAAAUGAUUCACACUACAUUUUAUUUAAACAGAAGUCUCUGUGCACGUAGGAUUAAGAUGUGAGGAUCUGGUUUUUUUUUAUGACUGUCCAUUUACUGUUUGAAAGCCAGUGCUCAAGUAUUUUACUAGUUUACCAAUUUCAGUUUUUUAAAAAAUCACAUAGGUUAUAGUGUGUUUUUUGCUUACAUGACCAUACAUUUUAAACUAAUACUACUAUUUUCUAUUUUCUACCAAAACCAGUCAUGCACGAAUUUAUUUUCAUCAGCAUUUGAGGCAACAGGUGCUGUACAGUUUUUAAUCUAGGGACAUUUAGACCUUUAAAAUAUGCUUCUUCCCAAACCAGGUUUUGUACCAUCCAUGCCAACAGUAGCUUUCCAGUAAUGGUGUUGUUAAAGGGCAUUGUAAAUUGGAGGCAGGUAAAUUGAGCAAGUUAAUUAGAAACAUUGCACAUUUGGCUCCCGCCGAGUGAGUGAGGAGAGUAGAAGAUGACCCCAAGGCGUGCUUUGUCUGCUGAAGGCCUGUGUGGAGCCAGCACGCAAGCUGAAGGUUCCAGCUGCUGUGUGUUCCUGGGUGAUGCUCUGACGGUUGAGAGGCUGGAACCCCUUUUCAUGGGAAAGCUCUUGCAUUGCAGAUAGAAAUCAUUACAUCAUUGGCGAUGGAUAACUUAUUGGAAAUUUAGGUAAUAUCUAAAUUAUGACAGUUACAUUUGGCAAACAGUGAUGUCAUCUGGAACCAGGUGGUUUUGAUUUUUCUUUGACAAAGUAGAAACAGAAGGUUGUCCACACCUGUGAUCCCUUGUUUCUCAAGAAACAAGAUGCAGACUGUCAAUGCAACUUUCAGACCAACUAGACCCACGUUCUGAAAUCCUACCUCAAAAACUUAAGAUAAAUAAAUAAAAUAAGUAAGUUUAAAAAAUGAUAAGGUUGGGCAAGAUGUCUCAACAGAUAAAGGUGCUUGAGGUCAAACCUAAUAGCCCAAGUUAGAUCCCCACGACCUACAUGGUAGCAGAAGAGCACCAACUCCCACGAGUUACCCCCUGCCCUCCACACCUGUCCCCACCAAAACAAUGUAAUUAAAAAAAAUAAAAAACAAGAAACCAAAAAAAAAAAACAAUACAAGAUUAAGAUUAAGUAAGACAUGUCUUAGAAUGACUUACAUUAGUUUCAUGGAAGAAAACAUAAGAUAUAUUUUGUGUGGCUACCCUUGUGAUUCAUGCUUCUCUUUAUUUUAAGAAUAAUAGCCUGAAUGAAUACUAUCUUGCAUCCACUGUGUAAGUAAGUGUGAGCUCUUGGGACAGACUUUGUCUCUUAUUUGUGAAGAACCAACUCAUAUAUUUUGCAGUAUUUAAUUAUAAAUAAAAUUUUAUGAUAUAAA